CCACGAAGAGCAGCCGAUAAGAAGAAAACAACCAGGCAACAUGAUCAGCAGAUGAAUUGCAGAAAAUACACCGGCAAGUAAAGGAGUAACUAUUAAUCAAUGCAAAAUAGACAGGUAUGUCAAAACUAAUAGAAUUAGUUCAAAAAUUACAAUAUAUCCUUAAGAAAUUAAACGAUAAAACUCAAAAAUUAAGAACGAGUAGACUAACACAACUAAAAUUGCAAGCUGAGGAAUUACAUAAGGAGAUCCAAAAGGAAAUAGAAAUAAAUAACAGAAAAUACGGUAUAGAGGAAAUAAUACAGCUAAAACGCACCGCAAAAAAUGCAUGGGAAGAAAUCUGCUGCAAAAUAGAAAACGAAUUGAUAAACUCGUCGUUAGAAAGUUUAGCCGAGGAAACAGAGAUAAAAGAGCAAAAACCUCAGGCAACAUUUAAAACAAAAGGAAUAAAAAUGACUAAUUUCGAUAUAAAAUUAGCCACAGGGCUAGUACCCAUCUACGAUGGAUCAGCUGAAUUGUUUAGCACCUUCGAAGAUGCCUCUAAGUUACUGUUCGAGUUGAACGAACAACACGAAGAAAUGCUAGUAAAAUUCUUAAGAACUAGAUUAACAGGUAAAGCAAGAAUAGGAUUACCAACAUCGAUAACAACAUUCAAGGAACUAUUGGAUGAUAUAAAAUUAAGGUGUGAAGAGAAAACUAAUCCGGACAAAGUAAUAGCAAAACUUAGAGCAAUAAAAUCCGGAGAUACUCAAAAGAUUUGCAAUGAAGUAGAAUUGUUGACAGCAAAGUUAAAGGUAAUUUACUUAGAACAAGGAAUCCCAGAAAAAGUGGCAAACGACAUGAUCGUGAAAAAAGGAAUAGAUACUCUAAAGGAGAAGAUCACUAAUGCGGAAACAAAAACGCUUCUGAAGGCAGGAACAUUUACGACCAUAACAGACGUUACACAAAAAGUAAUGGAAAACGAGGGUGAUGAGACUAACAAGCAUGUUUUCAAUGUUAGAAUGCCUGACAAACCAUACACUAGGAAUAACACUUACAAUAACAACACAAAUCACAGAUACAACAAAUACAAACAAAACUACGCGUAUCACCAGAAGCGAGUUACUAACAACUACAACGACAGAAACAGGUACAAUUCAGAUAAUAGGCCACAACAAAAUUAUAGGGCAAACCCACAAAACACUAGAAAUCAAAACUGGCGAACAAAUAAUAAUCGCCGUAUUUACCAAACGUCAGUACAAGCACAGGGAAACAAUUUUUUAGAUCAACCCAUGUCGUCCCAAAUCAACGACAUAUAUUUGCAAUAA